UUAAGUCUUUUAUAAAAUAAAACACAAAUAUAUGAAAAUGUGACAUUUACUAAAUAUUUGUCAAUUGAAAAAAAAAACAAAAAAAAACCUGCGCUUUGAAAGCGCGGGUCAAAAUCUAGUAAACAAUUAUAAUUGCUUCAGUAAUAUUAAACACGUUUGGUUACUUUUGAUUAUAUUUCUAAGUAUUUGUUUUCAUUUCCUGAAAGAUUUUGAUCAGUAAUAUUAUUUUAUAGUAUUUAUAGUAAUACUAUUUUAUAACACUGGUAUUUUGUUUUCUAGCUCUGCUAAUCCAAGUAAGAACACAAAUGGAAUACAUUAAUUUCUACUCUUCCUAGGGUUUCAUGUGGCUAUAUGGAGUAAACAUAACAAAAAGGCGGAGUUAAAAUGAGAAGUUACUACAAGAUUAAUUGCAACCAGUAACAAUAUCGUGUACGGUGUAUCCCAACUAUCAACAGACUUUAUAUUUGAUCUUGACAGAUCCAUGAUUCAUCCGAUAGUCAAAACUAAUAUCUCAAACAUACCCAACCCCCGAUCUCUCCUUAUGUUUAUAUAUACCACUCACUACCUUCAAAGCAUAUUCGCCAAACAAAACUGAAGGAAGUAAAGAAAAAAUAUGGCAAAUUCAAAUGUUUUUCUCCUCUUCGUACUUCUCAUUGCUUCACUCUUUUACAUAUGCCACACCUUAACACUUUUUGGCAUCCUAAUCAAAGAAGUCUACAUUCGUGGUACCCUGCGUUGUAGCCUUAACGGGAAUCCAAGUGCACCACCAGUCUCUAACGCCACAGUCUACUUAAUAUGUGGCAGCGCAAACUCAACCAUCGCUCAAGCAGUGACAAAUCCCUACGGUGUAUUUGUUAUUGUGCUCAACACAGUAGAGACGCUUUUGGUCAAUCCAAGUAACUGCAUUAUCGAAGCUAAUCUUCCGACUGGCACGUGCCAAAUCUAUCCACCGGACGGUACACUAACUGACUCAGUUAAUCUGGUCAACAUCACCGUCAGAGGUCUCCUUUUUAUCGCUAACUAUGCCGCCGGUGCAUUUCUCAAUGAGGAUCCCCCAUAAACUAUACCGCCGGUGCAUUUCAUUUUCACAACAAUACGUGUGACGUGUAUGUGUGCAAAUAUAUGGGGAUUUGAUGCAUGAUCCUAUCUAUGUAUUGCUAAAAAAUAUAAAAGUGAUAUAUAUGCGGGCCCUAUAUAUGCUCCAUGAAUUAUGUGUACUUAAUUAUCUUAAAUUAUAAUAAAAAUUAAUAAUUAUUAGUAUUACAAAUAGCAAUAGCUGGAUAUUGUAAUAAAUAACAAAUACAAAUUAAUAAUUAUUAGUAUAACAAAUAACAAUAGUUAGUAGGAAGGUUCAACCCAGUUUAUGGAUGAGUAACCAAAUGAACAAAAUAAUAUGAAUAUAUUUUAAAAUUUUAGUUUAUUUUUAACUAAAGCCAACAUUAGUUUUCAUUGUUUACUACUAAUAUUUUUAAUAUUUGUUUUAUUACUUUUAAAAUCAUAUACUUGUUUCACUAUUAAAGAAAAAAAGACAAAUUUUCAAUAGCACUAAAUCAAGUUUUUGUUUAUAAAUAUCACACAAUAUAGAAAUCUUUAAUAUAACAUUCAUUAAAGGGUGAAACAUAAAUAUAUUUAUAUAUUUGUGUUUAGGGUUAUUGAUUAGAGUUUAGAUUUUAGGAUCUAACUUAAUUUAGUAUUGGAACAAAAAUCUCCUUAAAUACUAAUUUGUAACAAAAAUUAAAAAUAUGUUAUUUAUGAGUUUUCCCUUAAAAAUACAUGAAAAUGUAAUUUUUCACUUUAUCGUUAAUAUUUGUUAUUUGAUAGUAAGUAGAAGACAUUAUUUAAAACUGUAGUCAGUUGUUUUUAACACGAAAAAUAUGGAUAAUUUUGCUUUUCUAAAUGCUUGGUUAUUGAAUUCAGUAGCACUUUUAUUUCUUUUAUACAUCUAUCUAUAUUAUUAAAACUGAAGUACCUUUAGUACUGUUUGAAAACAAGGAUAAAAAAAAUAAAUGAGAAUUGUUUGGAAACUUGAAUAGCAUAUUAAUUACUUUCUUUUAUUUACACAUUUAGUCAUUGCAUUUAUAAUAAAUGACAUAUCUCCUUUUAUAUUUUUUUUUAUUUACAUAUUAUGUCACUACAUUUAAAAUCAAUUUAAAUUAAUUAAUUACAAUGGUUGUUGUUUCUUUAUAGUGAAAAUAAAAACACACAAACUGAAAUAUAUAGUAUAUAUUAUAUAAAAGAAUUUUAAAUAUAGUAUUACUUUAUUUAGUUUAAUCAAAUAUAAAAAAUUUGAGAGUUCAAUUUUUAAGAAAACAAAAUAUCAUAAAAUUAAAAAUAAUUCAUAGAAAACUAAUGCAAAAAUUAAAAUUGUAGGUAUGUUUUUUUCAUUUGAAAAUAAUUUCACAAAAGACAACAGGUCAAUAUAUGAAGUGAAUAGUACAUUUACAUCAAAUUGUAUUAAAUUAUAAAAAAUAAUAUAAUAUUAUGUAUAAAUAAAUAAAAAUAUUAUCAAACAUCUAUAUUAUAAAAUAAAAUAAUAUAUUCUAUUCUAUAUAUAUGAAAUUAUUUUUAUCAAACCAGUGAUUUAUGAUUUUAUGUUAAACGCAAAUUAAAUCAAGCACCCCCGCAGAGGCGCAUGUCAAGUUCUAGUUUUUUUUUUAAAUUGCUAAUUUGUGUUGAAACAGAUUGUUGAAUAUGAUUGCAAAUUAGAUUGACUGGCCUGCUUUCUUUUAUCAUAAUUAUAUGAUGAUUUUGAGAGUUUAGGCAUUAUCCCUAUGCUUGGAAACCGUAGCGUCUUCGAUUCCUUAGCAAAAGAGACCAUAGCCUUGAGACAUCUCUUUCUCCCAUUUAGUUGAGCCUGGGCCAUAUAGAAUUGAGGUGUCUUUUUCUCUCAUGUAUUUAAUUUAGACUGGAUCAGAAAGAAUUGCUUUUCAAAACAUUUUCAACUUAACAACAUAUGGAUGGUGUAGUGGUAGGCGUAUUCCGGUUGGCCAAACAAUUUGAAUUCGAAGCAACCUCAAGACACUAAGAAUAUAUGGUCAAGCGGCAUAAAUCUUUAAUUCCAAUUGCAAGCAACUGAAUCUAUAUGAUACCAGUGGAUAAGUUUUCAAAACACUAAUCGGUUGAGUCUCGAUCCACCGGAUAUCUUCGAGUUAUCAAAAAGAAAAAAACAUUCUCAACUCCAAACAAAAGCUGAACUAGUUAAAACCAGACGUCUACAAAAAACGAUAACCUAUGGACCAUCCUUCAUCCUUGAAAGCAAGAAUACAAAAGCUUGGUUAACCUUUUUAAACCUUAAAUCGGAUGACUUCACAAAACCGUUGGGCCCAUUCUUGAAGGCAUAUAGACAAAAGAUGCGAUGGAGCUAUGUUUUUUCGAAACAUUAACCUUUUCUGGUUAACGUCUUUUCAUCUUUCAAUCCAUGAAUUAAUACAUAACUUGUGUGCUCAUCCUUGUAGGCAUAUAUUCAAAAAUAUAUGGUCAAACUUGAAAAAAGUUCUGCAUUAGAUUUUGGUUGGAGUAUAACUUUAUAAGAAUUCAAAUGUUCCAAUUUAUACAUAAGCAAAGAGCACCUCCAUUAGAAUGAGCAAAAGUUCUUAAUUAUGAGUUUUAAAAAAAACUAUGGAAUACUAAAAACACACAUGUUCCAAAUAGAUGAUUAACUUGUUUAAAGAAAAUAAAACAUAAAUAAAUAAUUUUAAUAUUAAUAUUUUUUUUUGUUUUAGAAACCUUCAUGGUUUCUAACUAUUGGAGGUGCUCUAAUAUACAUAAACAAAAAAAUAUCAUAAAAUUUACAAUAAACA